AGUUUAAACCCAAGUAUCACCAAAAUUAAAAAAAAAAGAAAGAAAAGAAACGUGAUUUCUUUGAGUCACUUUCCUUUCAUUCAGAAAAAGCACACUGUCUUUCAGGUGCUAAGAAAGAAAUGACACAUAGAAAUGUGUAGUUCCGUAUUUUCUAUUUGAGAUAUUAUUCUAAUGUGUCCUAAUAUUAUAUUUUAUGAGUAUUUGUCUAGAGGAGUGGAAACUAGUUUCAUGGAGGCCCUCAAAGAUGACAGGUGCUAGGACCUAGUGGAAUUCAGACAAAUUCACUUGGAGAUGAAACAUCACGCAGUGGGUGUGGUGCCGUGGGAGCAGGUUCAGCAAAGCCAGUUCUUCCACACACGUGAGUUACUGGGACUCCAUCUCAGCAAUCUUCAGACCAUCUGCAAGAUUUCGGCAGCUUUCACCCUUGCCUGUAGAAGUGAAAGCAUGUUCCUUGCCAAGGCUAUCUUGGAAGGGGCAGAUCGAGGCCUUGGAGAAGCCCUCGGAGGCCUUCUUGGAGGAGGAGGUCAAAGAAGAGGAGGAAGAGCAGGAGGAAAUAUUGGAGGGAUAGUAGGAGGACUUGUUAAUCUUAUCAGCGAGGCUGCCGCAGCUCAGUACACCCCAGAACCACCUCCCACUCCCCAGCAUUUCACCAAUGUGGAGGCCUCAGAAAGUGAGGAGGUUAGGCGAUUUAGACAACAAUUUGCACAGCUGGCUGGACCAGACAUGGAGGUGGGUGCCACUGACCUGAUGAAUAUUCUCAACAAAGUUCUCUCUAAGCACAAAGACCUGAAGACAGAUGGCUUCAGUCUUGACACCUGCCGGAGCAUCGUAUCUGUCAUGGACAGUGACACGACCGGGAAACUGGGCUUUGAAGAAUUCAAGUAUCUGUGGAACAACAUCAAGAAGUGGCAGUGCAUUUAUAAGCAGUACAACAGGGACCAUUCUGGCUCCCUGGGAAGUUCCCAGCUGCGGGAUGCUCUGCAGGCAGCAGGCUUCCAGCUAAAUGAACAACUUUACCAAAUGAUCAUCCGCCGGUAUGCUGACGAGGACAGAAGUGUGGAUUUCAACAACUUCAUCAGCUGCCUGGUCCGCCUGGAUGCCAUGUUCCGUGCCUUCAAGGCUCUGGAUAGAGAUGCAGAUGGCCUGAUUCAAGUGUCUAUCCGAGAAUGGCUGCAGCUGACCAUGUAUUCCUGAAGUGGCACUGGGAGACCAAGACCAUCCCUGGAGGUCAGCCUCCCGAGUGCCCUGCCCUGAUGGCCACAGGAGCUCCUGCCCCACCCCACAGAAGCAAUUCCAUGGCCCUGUGUAUUUCUGAUUGUGUGCUAGGCUUCACUGCUUAAUUAAAACAAAGCUUUUGUAAAAACUGUUCUGCGUGGUUUGUAUGUCAGUGUUUUGAAACCCCAGAUCUACGUAGACUUCUAUGUGGGAGGUUCAAAUGGAGCCAGCUUCACAAGGUUGGUAUUUCUUGGUGAAUGAAUUCCAAGGAGGUGGAAGUUUAUUAUUGUUGUCUGUUGUUAAUAAUCAAUUUUUUUAAAUCCUGGGAUAAAUCAAGAAAGCACUCAGGAGAUUUUUGUUUCCUUUGCAAAGGUGAGAAGGAAGUUCAAAAUCUGUUUUUCCCAUAAUUUCACAUCUGGUCUUUACAUAAAAACAAGAAAAGUGCUUUCUAGAAAGCCUUAUUUACUAUAU